AUGUUAGGUCGCCAUGGGCUGGAGACAUAUGUCUCCCCCGGUGAAUCCUGGGAUUGUAGCCAAAGGAAGAAGGGCGAGAUAAUAGAGGCGGGAAAGCUCUCAUGCAGGACGGUGGUGCAGGCAGACAUAGUGUUUCUGGUGGAUGAGUCAUGGAGUGUGGGCCAGACCAGCUUCUCCAGGGUCAAAGAGUUCAUCUCAACCAUCAUCUCCUCCUUCAAAGAUAGUGUGGUGGGCACCGAGGGGGUCCGCUUUGGAGUCACUGUCUUUGGGGACUUCCCGAGGAUGCGGAUUGCUUUGACAGACUACAGCUCACUGGAGGAGGUGCUCAGAGCCAUCAGAGACCUCCCUUAUGAGGGGGGAUCCAGGAGGAUUGGCGAUGCCCUCCAGUUUUUGGUUGAUCCUGUGUUCAGCCCUGUCAUCAGACGAGACCAUGCCCCAAAGAUUGCCAUAAUGAUCACAAAUGGGCAUUCAGACGACCAGGUCGAUGACGCAGCCAGAGCUGUAGCUGACAAUGGGAUCUCUCUCUUUGCAGUAGGUGUUAGGGGAGCUGAUGAGUCAGAACUGAGGAGGAUUGUAUCAAAUCCACAGGAAGAGCACCUCUUACUGGGCGCUGACUACUCUCUCCUUGAAACCAUCCUCCCAAAACUAUCCCGCAGAGUGUGUUUUACUGCUUCAGAACCACCACUUCCUGUGAAAAGUUCCCCGCCUGUUAUAGAGCGUGUGGUGGGUCCCAGAGACCUGCAGAUUAGCGAGUUGGCCCACAGUUCCCUCAGACUGACAUGGAGCCAGGCCACAGGUGAUGUCACCGGAUAUCGCCUUCUGGUCUACCCUCUCAGCUCCAGUGGACACCUGCAACAGAGACAGGUGGAUCUGAAAGCAGAUGUGGCCUCAACAGUGGUUACAGAGCUGAGCGCUAAAACAGAGUAUUCCCUCACUGUCUACGCCAUCUACCCCAGCCUCAUAGGAGACUCUGCAACCAUCACCGUACAGACAACGCCUUUGCCUCAAGUGUCAAACUUCCGUGUUAUUGAGGAGGGCCUGUUCUCUCUGCGCCUGGGCUGGACGCCUCCUCUAGGGAAGGUCAACGGAUUCAAGAUCUUUAUCCCAAGAUCCAACCGACCAGGAUUUACUUAUGAGAACAUGCUCCCUGGAGAUGCUUCUUCUCAUGUGAUUGACAGCCUGGAGGAGGAUAAGAAAUAUACUAUCACUAUUUAUGCUGUUUACCCCCAGGGAACAAGUGAAACGGUUUCAAUAGUGGGCAAGACAUUAAAGCUGGUACAAGUUCAGAAGUUCCUGGUCCAAAAUGCAACCACAGACACCGUCCAGGCGAGGUGGGCAUCAGUUAAGGGAGCAUCAGGAUACCGUCUGACGUGGGAAGCCCCAGACGGCCACAUAGAGAACAUAAACCUCGGGGACAACUUUAACUUCUACAUGAUCCAGGGCCUACAUUCAGGCUCCGAGUACACCGUCACCAUCAACCCCAUCUUUGGUGACAUUGAGGGGCCCGUCACCAGCACCACAGUCAAGACAUUGGAAAGCAGUGCAGUGCAAACUUUGAAGGUGUCUGCUGUGAGCACCAGUACAGCUGUCAUCUCAUGGAACAGUGUCCCAGGAGCCACAGGGUACAGACUGGCCUGGGGACCCACUCCAGAGUUUGUCGGCCGGGACCGUCCCAGGCAGCUGGCUCUGAACGGCAGCACCACAGAGUACCAGCUGAGGAAUGUAGCCCAUGAUACUGAGUACGUCCUGUCUCUCUAUGUGCUGUUUGGAUCCGUGGUGGGGCCUGGCAUCAGUGCUACCUUCAAAACUUCUCCGUUGGGCUAUGUGUCCAACUUCAAGGUGUCGUCCUACACCAGCACCACCAUGGAUGUGGAGUGGAGUCCCAUUGUUGGAGCUACUGAGUACAAACUGACUUGGAACACAGGUGACAGCAGCCCUGAGUCACGUUACCUGGACCGCAGCGUUCUCUUCCAUCGUAUCGAAGACCUGAACCCACAGUCCACCUACACCAUCACCAUCUGUGCCGUGUACGGCAACUCAGAGGGACCAGAAAUCUCCUUAUCUCAGCUCACAGCUGCUGUCUCAGAUUCGCAGCCAAUCCAGGCAGUGAGGGAGGCGAAGGUUGUGGACAUUGGAGUCAACUCCUUCACCUUGUCCUGGAGGAAAACACCUGGAGCAUCUGGGUACAAAAUCUCCUGGAUCCCCUUCCUGGGGGGUGAUGAGAAGUCCCAGGUGGUAUCUGCUGCUUCCACAACUUUCACCAUCAACAAGCUGCGAGAGAGCUCGGCUUAUAAGAUCCAGGUGUCCUCCAUGGUGGGCAACAGGGAGGGAAGCCCAGUCCUGCUCACUGCACGCACCUUGGAUCUUCCAAAAGUGGAAGGCUUUGCUGCUCUAAACACCACAGACAGCAGCACUUUGCUGAACUGGACUCGUGUUGCUGGCGUUUCUGGGUACCAUCUCUCCUGGAGGCACAUCUCAGUGUUGGAGACUAAAACAGAAACUCUGGGUCCUGGUUUCAACUCGUUUAAGAUCAAUGAUUUGCUGUAUGGAAGAACCUAUAUUUUUGCCAUCAGACCUUUGUAUGGAGAAGUGGAGGGCCCCAUAAGCACCGUGUAUCAGAGGAUAUUGGGACAGGAUCGUCCGGUGGUAACAGUCCAGCCUGUUCCAGCCACAGCCGCCCCUCAUAUCACGACUGCCACCAAAACUGACAGCGCCAUCACUCACACAGCCACCAGGACCACCAGGCAGCCCAUCGCUGUGCCACCGACUAAAUCUGUAGCCACCAAGAAGCCUCCGGACAUUGUAUUCUUGGUGGAUGAGUCCUCCAGCAUCGGCGCUAACAACUUCAUCAAAAUGAAAGACUUCAUAUUCCGUGUGGCCACUUACUUCCCCGUCAUCGGUCCUCAGGGCACACAGAUAGCCGUGGUUCAUUACAGUGAUGAGCCUCGAAUUGAAUUCCGUCUAAGUGACUUCAAAGACAGAAACUCUGUGCUCAGGGCGCUCAGAGAGCUACGUUAUGGAGGGGGCAACACCAAAACAGGUCAGUGA